AUUAUUUGUUAUGUUUGCUUGCCUUGAAGUGUACGAAAUAUCAUUUAGAAUAUGCGUGAUUGAAAUUAAUCAAAGAUAAAUGGCAAAGAUAUUUAAAUACUGGACAUUACGGCCACUUAUUUUUGAGUGCAGUUUCACCUCUAUAAUUUUCUUAGGACUAUGCAUUCAAAUUCAAGAGGGAGUAAGUCACAUUGGCGAGCCGUGUAUUUUGUCUUUGUUUUGUCGAGGAAGUAACGUUUAUUGUCAUAAAGGAAUUUGCAGAUGUAAAGCUGAUUAUCCUAUUGAAGUUGAUUCUCACAAGUGUAAACAGGGUAAGAAACAAGGUGAGAGGUGUGAAUAUACAGAGGAGUGUACCUAUUAUGAUGAGAAUACUUACUGUACACAGCUGCCUUAUCGAAGUACUUGUGAAUGUCACACAGAUUAUAUUUACGAUGCUAGUAAAGGAUUAUGCGUGAAGAUUUCAGAAACUAGAAAUGAAAACUCAAAUCUUGUUCUUCCAACUGCUGUUGGUCUUUCACUAGCAUUUGCAAGUGUCGUAUGUUGCUGUUUAGCUCUCGUCCAUAUGUGUCGCAGACAAAAUUCUGAAGGCAAUGGCAUCUUAUGGUUUCAAGGUAAUAGAACAUCUGGAGCCCAAACAGAAGAACAACCUGCCACUCAGUUGCCUGCAGUUGAUAGUUUACCUUCUUAUGAUACAGUGGUGCAUGUUGAGGAUACUUCUGAGGAACCGCCACCUUCGUAUGAAGAAGCACUAAAAGUUACACCAAUUGAUACAGUAACAGUUUCAAACAGUGAUAAACCGUGAUGUAGAUGUAUCUUUAACCAAACAUCCUGUCUUCCAAGAACUGAAUGAGGAACUGUUGAACAGCACGGGCUUACAGACUGGAGCCUAGUAUUUCUUUUAGCCUUUAAUUGGUUUGUUAAGGAGUACCAGAAAAGGAUUAUUAUUCAAAGCCUCAGUUUUGUUUAAACUUGUUUCAGAAUUAUUUUAUCUCGUAUGUUGCUACAUUUACAAAAGAUGUGUAAUAAAUUACAUGCACGUUUUCAGUUACCUUAUGAUAAGAAUUUGAGCUUUGUUUAUUUUCAAAUAAAGCUGUUUUUGGGAUUUUGUUAUUAUAUACAUACUGUGUGUUUCAUAAUGGCAUUAGUUAUAUGCAAAUUGUAUGUAGAAUUUCAUUAAUCUGUUUUGUUUUUUAUUUUAAACGAAGCUGUAUUUUUAAGAAAAGAUUUUGAUGUAUAAAAAUAAUUCUCAAAGUUCGACAAUAGCAUAUAGUUGUAGGAUAUUUCAUUGUUUUACGUGAAAAAAAAUUGUAAGUUUAAAUUCAUUGAAAAUUGCAACUUUGGACGUUAUAGAGACAAAAUAAAUAAUGUUUAAUGAGUAAUUAGUCAUCUAUAUGAAAUUGGGAUGACUUUAUACUGUUUUGUAAAAUUAGUAAACUUACCUUUUAUGCUGUAAAAUAUUAGGAAUGCUUGUAUCUUUAUUUAGCAAAGUUGUGACGGUGCAUGUAUAUUUUAUGAAAAAUAUUUGUACAUAGUUAAUAUAAAUAUAAGUGUAUGAACCAGUGAAUAUGAAAAUGCAGACUUAACUCUGAAAUUUGGGAGUUUAGCAGUACUUUUAUGUGCGGAACAUGGAGCAAGGAGAUCAAGGAUUGUUUAGAAAUUGAAGGCAACUGAAAUGAGAAACAAUUACAUACAACUGGUUUUACAGAGUUAAGUCUUGACUUAAAGUGAAGUUUAAUUUUAAGAGUCAUACUUCAUUACAUGUUAGAAACUAGAAUAGGUUUCAUGAUAUUAAUUUUGGAGGAAAUGUAACAUUUAGACCUGAUAACUCAUGAAUGUAUUGUCUUAGCCAUCUGUACUAGCUUUGUGAUGGCAUAUGAAAAUAGUGUCAUAUCUGUGUCAACAGCAGAAAGAAGCAAGUUCAGUUAAAAACAUCAACAGAUUCACCCCUUACAAGAGUAGUAAUAUAGAUCCCUGAGUUAAAAUAUGAUCAUGAAGUGUUGAUAUAAAGAAAAAGUCACAGAUUGUAGAGUUUAGAAAAGUACGAUAUUACUUCACCUAGAGAUCUGCAUUGCUUGUGGCUGAUGAUGGUGUAAAUAUAAAUAGGAAUUAAUUAGACCUUUAUAGCUCAUUUUAGAUCAAAACAAAGACUUUUUCACUAUCAAAUGCACUUGUGACUUUAUUUUUAUAUAUCUCUAGAAUAAGAUUCAGUGUCUGUUUGUGUGUUAUGUAACUCCUUUUAAACUUCUGGUCUCACCGACUUCUAAGUGUUACCAAAUGAUUCAUCUUGGUCCCGCAGUUUGCAGAAAAGUCAAAUUUUUCACCCUACCCUUUAGGGAGUCUGUAGAUUUUUGGAAAAUUCCUUCUCGUAAAUUGCUGAAUUCACCAACUUCUAAGUGGUGCCAGAGAAAUCGUCUUGACCCGAGGUUUGUACAAAGGUAAAAUUUUG